AUAUAUAUAUCUUCUUCUUCAAUAGAGGAUUUGCAGAGUAUUCUGAUGAUCAUCAGCUUGACACGUCACCAUCGCACCGACAACACAUACAUACAAUUCUUCUUUUCAUCAAAUUCCACCAACUUUAAUGGCCAAACGCGGUUAUAAAUUGCAAGAGUUUGUGGCACAUUCUGCAAAUGUGAAUUGCGUCAAAUUCGGAAAGAAGACACGCCGGCGUUUUGUUACAGGAGGUGAUGAUGAAAUGGUAAAUCUUUGGACCAUCGGCAAAUCGACAUCCAUAACGAGCCUAAGUGGUCACACAAGCCCUAUAGAAUCUGUAGCUUUUGAUUCAACUGAAGUUUUAGUGGCCGCUGGAGCUUCUUCUGGCGUGGUAAAGCUUUGGGAUCUGGAAGAGACAAAAGUGGUCCGGACGCUUAAUGGACAUCGUUCGUAUUGCACUGCUGUGGAAUUCCAUCCUUUUGGCGAGUUUUUUGCAUCAGGUUCUAUGGACACUAACUUGAAGAUUUGGGAUAUUCGAAAAAAGGGAUGCAUUCAUACAUUUAAGGGUCAUAAGCGAGCAAUUAGUACCAUCAAAUUUACCCCUGAUGGUCGAUGGGUGGUGUCCGGGGGACUUGAUAAUGUUGUAAAGAUAUGGGACUUAACUGCUGGAAAGCUCUUGCAUGAGUUCAAGUUUCAUGAAGGGCACAUUAGAUCGAUGGAUUUUCAUCCCCUUGAGUUUCUUCUAGCAACAGGUUCAUCAGACAAGACUGUAAAAUUCUGGGAUUUGGAAACCUUUGAAUUGAUUGGAUCAACUCGGGCUGAGGAAACCACGGUGCGCUCGAUUACCUUUCACCCAGAUGGGAGGACACUCUUUUGUGGAUUAGACAACAGUUUAAAGGUUUAUUCAUGGGAGCCCAUGUGCUGUCAUGAUGGUGUUGAUAUAAGAUGGCCGACGUUGGGUGAUCUUUGUAUCGAUGACGGGAAGCUUUUAGGGUGCUCAUAUUAUCAAAACUCUAUUGGUGUUUGGGCCUCAGAUGUUUCACAAAUUGAACCAUAUAGGCAUAGCAUGUCAAGCAAGGGAGAUACUCGUGCUGAGCCAAAUAUUGAUACUCCAAGAAGAUCCUUUAUACCUUCUGAUGAUGACACAAACCCCAGAAGGUCCGUUGUACCUCCAGAUAAUGACACAAAGGAUAUCAAGAAUAUCUAUGUGGACACUGCAGGCAUGUCGCUGAACUUAACAAAUACCAAAGAGACUGAUAUUUUGCAGCUGCCAAAGCAUGUCCUUGCUACUGAAAAGAUCCGGCAUGAUAAUCCUGAAACAAUGUACUCAGUCACAUCUAGAAGAGAUUUGGUUGUUGAUGGUUCGAUUACCAGUGGUGCAUCAUGUAAGCCACUUCAUAGGCGCAGACCAUCAAGUACUAAAUCAGAUAUAGAAGAGAUCUCAGCAAGAGUUGAAUUUGUCCCGAAUAGUGGAUCAGCUACUCCUACAACUACAACCAUCCAGAGAAGGCUUUUUGUAGAUGAUUUGGCUAAAGAUUCUUUGAAGGUGAAGACUCCUACUACUUGUGUAGCAGGAGAUUUUGACAAAUACCUGUCUCCAAGGACCCUUCCAAAGAAAAACAGUGAUCUGUCUGCUGAUUCAAACAAAGGUUUGAAACCCAUUAAAUAUGUUAAUGGAGUGGCAGUUGUCAAUGGAAGGACUCGCAGCCUGGUCGAUAAGUUUGAAAAAGGAGACAAAUCAGAUACCAAUGAGUGUCAGAAAGGUGACUUAACUGCUCAUAUAUUACCGAACACAGAUAAUGUACCCCCCACCACAGUAGAAGAGUCUAUAAGUGUGGUCUCUUGUGCAAUGGAUGAAGCUAGAACACCUAUGUCAUCAGAGACAGCUCAAUCGGCUUCUAAUGCAGUAUCAGAAGCCAGAUCGUCCUCCACGGAACAUCAUAUACACAAUGUUGUUUCCAGGGCAAUCCCUGAAGCUACAACCUUGCCAAUGCCAGUAAGGAUACCUGAUAGUGUGCCUUGUGCACAACCCAUGAUUAAAAUAUCCCAGAUAUCAUCAAAGACACCUGACAUGGUUUCAAGUUCAGUAAUUGAUGCUAAGACAUCACCGACAUUUUUAAAAACACGUGAUUCUUAUCCAGAGAUAAAUUCAGAGGAAGCUAAAUCUUCUCCUGUUUCGAUAGUACGGACACCCAAGACUUCCCCUAACAUGGUACAUGAGAAAGUUAAGGUUUCACCAAUUCAGAAAUCUGUUGCUUCCCGUCGUGUAGUACAUGACAAAGUUAGAUCGUCUUCAAUGUUGGUUACAAGAAGAUCUAGAGCUUCCUCUUAUAUGAUACCUGAGAGAAAUAGAACCCCACCUCAAUCUGUUGUACCACGGCAUGAUUCUUCUCCUCACAUGAUGACCAAUAAAACUAAGUCUUCUCCCUAUCUGGAUAGUCCACAAACCUCAGGGAGAUGUAUUAGCAAGUGUGACGAUGAUGAUGCUGAUGUUGAAGAUUUGCUGCUAGAUCAUGAGUUAUUUACAAGCACUCUUCGAUCUCGCCUUACAAAGCUCCAGGUGGUGCGGAAUUUUUGGCAACAAAAUGACUUGAGGGGUGCUAUUAAUGCGUUGCAGAAGCUGCCAGAUCAUGCUGUACAAGCAGAUGUAACUAGUGUUAUGCUGGAAAACGUUGAAUCCUUGACGUUAGAUUUGUUCUCUUGCUUGCUCCCUCUGCUUUUGGGUUUACUCAAUAGCGAGACAGAGAGACAUAUCAAUGUGUCACUAGAAAUGUUAUUGAAGCUUGUAGCAGUCUUUGGGCCUGUGAUUGCCUCAACAAUCUCGGCACCUCCAGCUAUAGGUGUUAAUCUUCAAGCAGAGAAAAGACUUGAAUGUUGUAGUCAAUGCCAUGCCCAGCUCCAAAAGAUUCAAAAAAGUCUUCCGGGUGUCAUACGGCGGGGUGGUUUGACAGCACGAAGUGCUCAAGAACUAAAUCUUGUACUUCAACAAUCAUGACCUUUUCAAGCACUACACAGUUUUGUCUUUGUGUUCCUUGUCUAUACAGACUACAGAGUAUCCAAAUUAUUUUCGGCAAGAUAAAUAUAACAAUGGCUGACGAGUCAAGGAAUAUGCCCCCAAUACCUUUUGUGAAUAGUCACACUUGUAAUCUUCAUUGUUCAAAUGUAUAUAUUUUUUUAUGUGAAAUAAAAAGAUGGAAAGUUGGAAACA